CACACACACACACACAUAUGCACAUACAAACACACACACAUAUGCACACACUCACGCACACACUCACUCACUCACACACACAGUGAUGCUCGUGCAACAGUCGCGCGGUGGAGGAUGCGCACAACACGAGCAACAGCACACAGCUCAUAUACAGCAGCGGAUUGUUGAUCUAGUGUCGGAAAUGUGUUUUAGAAAGACGGAAUUAAUUCAAUCUCUCAUUUGAUGCUGAUCGUGACGGAGCGGCGGAGACUGACAGUCUGUUUCAGUAGAUGCUCCAGAACACAGAAUGUGGAGACGGAAACUUUGCGUUCUUUUUGAGAGCUGUGUGUUCUUCAACUCUAUCUAGACCAGACUGAACCUCAGGACCACACAAGGACCGUGGCUUCAGGGUUUUCUGACGGUCACUAAAAGAAUAGAUAUUCUCAGAUAUCUCAAAUCUACUCUCUUUGGUUCAUGAAUCAUGGAUUAUUCUUCUGAAGUGAAGAGGAGUUACUUCGGUGACCAUGAUUACUGACAGAGCUGGAAUACUAGAGACUAAUCUCGUUUAUUUGGGCAAACUCAAUUACAGUAACCAAUCCCUCAUGUAAAUGGAGCAGCCUGUAAUUCGUUUUGCUGCUGGACUUGUGUUGACCUCAACAACGCUCUGUGCAGUUUAGAUUGUCUCAACCAGUCUCAAGAACACACAAAGCUGUUGGAAGAAUUCAGCCCAAUGCGUGUCCAAUAAGGAGCAGUAUCUCCUUUAUAUUUGGAGUUGAAAUGGCUCGACCCGGCUCUGGCGUUGUGGUGUCGAUGGGGGCGGGGAUGGGCUAUUCGUCUCAGAGCAUGGCCCGUGUGGUGGUCUGGGAAUGGUUGAAUGAACACAGUCGUUGGAGGCCGUACAGCGCCGCCGUCUGUCAUCACAUCGAAAACAUUCUGAAGGGCGACAUGAGAGGAACCGUCAUACUGGGGCAAGUGGAUCCACAGCUGGCACCCUACGUGAUAGACCUGCAGUCCAUGCAUCAGUUCAGACAGGACACAGGCACGAUGCGACCCGUCCAGCGCAAUUUCUACGAUCCGUCGUCUGCGCCGGGCAAGGGCAUCGUGUGGGAGUGGGAAAACGAUUGUGGAUCUUGGAUGCCGUAUGACAUGGAAUUGUGCGUUAGCAUCCAGAACGCAUACGAGAAGCAGCACCCGUGGCUCGACCUCAGCUCGCUCGGCUUCAGCUAUCUGGUGGACUUUGAUGGAAUGUCGCAAACCAACCGGCAGAGCCAGAGAAAACGACGCAUCCGCCGGCGAAUGGACCUCGCGUACCCGCUCAUCGCCGGAUCCAUCCCUAAAUCGCAGUCCUGGCCCGUGGGCACCAACUCGGGCACUCCGUGCACGUGCCAGCAAUGUCUACUUGUGCACAGCACAAGAGUGGCAUCCAAUGCCUUACUGGCCCUGCAGCAGAGGAAGAAGUUGUACGGGACGGGGGGCGGAGCCAAUCAGAACGCUGCUGCCAUGAGACAGAGCAACACCUUCACUGGAACCUCCCUUUGGUCGCCCACGAUGACAGUUGCCGGAGGUUACCAUAACAACAUGUCAAUAGGUGGAGGAGGGGGUGGGAAAGUGGAGAUGAGAGGGGUCAAUUUCCCAUGUGCCCCUGCGCUGGGCACCCUGCCGCCCAAACACGGGCUUUCUAUUAACGGACAGAAUAAUCUGAACCGCCCGGGAACACAACGCAUCACGCCGAGCCGAGGGACCAUCCCACCAGGGGUCCCUGCACUUCCUGUGAAAAAUCUCACUGGGUCUGGAACGGUCCACCCGGCGUUUGCAGGAAUGACAGGAAUCCUCAUGUGUGCCGCGGGGCUCCCCGUGUGUUUGACCCGGGCUCCUAAACCGAUCAUGCACCCGCCACCUGUCAGUAAGGGUGACCUGAAACCCGUGCCGGGAAUCAACGGCAUGCGACGCAAGACCAAGAAAAAACACCUUCGUAAGGGUAAAAACCCAGAGGAUGUGGUUCGACGCUUCACAGAGAAAAUCAAAACAGCACCAGAUGAGGACUGUACCAUCUGUAUGGAGAGUCUCGAUGUAUCGUCCGGAUACGAGGGGAUUCUGACUUGUAAAGGCAUCAAACCGGAGCUGAUCGGCAAACUGGGCAGGUGUGGCCACAUGUACCAUCUUCUGUGUCUCAUCGCCAUGUACAGCAAUGGCAAUAAAGAUGGCAGUCUGCAGUGUCCCACCUGUAAGGCUAUCUACGGAGAGAAAACAGGCACACAGCCUCCUGGGGAAAUGGAAUACCACGUUAUUCCUCACUGUCUACCCGGAUACCCGGAUACCAAGACUAUACGCAUCAUAUAUGACAUUCCUGCUGGAAUACAGACAACAGAUCAUCCCAAUCCAGGGAAGAAGUUCAGCACGCGGGGGUUUCCACGUCACUGUUACCUUCCCGACAAUGAGAAAGGCCGAACGGUGUUGAAGUUGCUGAUCACUGCGUGGGAUCGUCGUUUAAUCUUCACCAUCGGGACGUCCAGCACCACCGGCGAGAUCGACACAGUCGUGUGGAACGAGAUCCAUCAUAAAACUGAGUUCGGCUCCAACCUCACGGGCCACGGUUACCCCGAUCCAAACUACCUGGACAACGUCAUGAGGGAACUGGCCGCUCAGGGUGUGGGUGAAGACAACCUGAAGGACUGAGGCGUCGACCGCGCACACCCAUUCUGCCCUCAUCUGAGGAGUUUGUGAACGCCACGUGACCUCUGACCUCUCUCCAGCGGCUUUAACAGAGAAUGACCCAGAGAUGGACCGUGAGCUGGGGUCGACCGAUGAGAGGAAUUUAAGAAAACUCUUUCUGAAUCACUGUCAUAGCUCUUUCUCUCUAUCUUUUUCUAUAACGGCUACCCAGAAUGCUGCUGGGCGUAGACCAGUGCAUGAGGUAGAUUUAUGCAAACACACAUAAUGAGAAUUUAGGGUUAACAUGGUUUAUGGUUUUUGAAAGACCGAUUCCUCUAGAGAGCAGAAUAGCCGUUAUAAAGCCCAUUUAUAAUACAGUUUAAUGAACGCAAAUGAGAAAAGCUAUUUAACCCACUAAAACGAAAACUUUUAAUAAUUGGUUUUCUGCAUAUAUGUGCGUCAGAUAUGUCAGUGUAUCACUACUGAUAUCUGUUAAUCUAUCAGACAACAUGGAGAACUUUUGUUUUCAAUAGCAUCACUGGUUCUACAAAUAUGAAAGGAUGUUUUUGGGAUGUGAUACCUGAAUCUUUUGGCACAUUCAGUGCGAGAACGGUGCUUGGUUUGGUCUCCGUAUAGAACUAAUUAAAGCAGAAAGACUUCAGUUGUUGCCGUCUUAUAGACAGCUGAUGUUUUGGGGCUGUUUUUGAUGUUUUCCCAACUUCAAAACAUUCGGAUACUUUCGAUCGUCAGACCCGUACGUGGAUUCGUUAUUUUCUGACAAGGUUUUUUGCCGACUUGAGCAGCCCCGUUUCAGCUCGAGCUUUUCCAGGAAAAUGUCAAUAUCAUAAAUAAGGCGAGUAGGUUGUCUUCUUGAAAUAUGCAAUGAUUUAUAUUCUAUAUCGCUUCGUUUCGCUUCGCUUUGAUGGUCUGUUUGCAAACGUUCUUUCCCUUUCGGAAGAGCGGUGUAGUUCUUUGUCUAUGUUCGGAUUGGUGUAUUAGCUUACUAUUUACUGAAUAUGUAACUGAAUAGAACACAUUAUCAAGAAUGGAUUAUGACUUGUAAAGGCCACGGGGCCAAUUAAAAGGUAAAUGGUCGGCACUUAUAUAGCGCCAUUUUAACCUUAACGGUAUUCAAAGUGCUUUACACUGCGACACAUUCACCCAUUCACACACCAAUGGCGGCAGAGCUGCAUGUAAGGUGCUAGUCUGCCAUUGGGAGCAACUUGGGGUUCAGUGUCUUGCCCAAGGACACUUCGGCACGUGGAGUCAUGUGGGCCGGGAUCGAACCGUCAACCCUGUGAUUAGCAGCCGACCCGCUCUACUAACUGAACCACAGCUGCCCCAAUUAUCUCCAAGGGCCCCCCUCCAAAAGUUGUUUCAUUGUUGAUGUGUUUUCGAGCGGGGGGAUCGCCAAACUGGAUUGUACAACAUUAAAACCCAGGGGACCCCUGCUAGUCAAGGGCCCCAUUGGCCCGGUCGGUAAUCCAUCCCUGCGCAAUAUGCAACAAUAAAUGUUUUAAACAGUACAAUGCUACAUUGUGUCAUAUGACCUCAUCACGUUGCAAGUAUGUGGCAUCUAGUUAUUAAUUUGGGCAUGAUUAAUUGAUUACCACCAAUAAUAAUUUCGACUCGACCCUCCAUUUCUUUAAAAAAAAGCAAAAAUCGUAAUCGUAAGACACUUACAGUGGAGGUCAAUGGGGGUCAAUCCGUAAACAUUAAAAUAGCAGUAGUAUACUAGUAUGCAGUUCUGAACAAGCCCUUGUGUUUGGUUCCGAGACUUCGAGCUGUUCGUGGCCCGUAACAGAUAAAUCAGCUCGGCCUUUGAAGGUGAAAGUCAUUUCCAGAGACCUGCUGCAGUUUUAAUGGAGAAACACACUCAUUGCAGCAUCCCAGGAGAUGAGAGCAGAGCAUGGUGUGAUCCAUCACGUUCUGGGAGGUAUGCGUUAUUGCUUUUCUUGCCGUUCUCAUUCCAGGACGUGUGCUGAUCUCGAGCGUGAGUGCUGCUUCGGUCUCGAAGGUUUUAUGACAUUCAGAGACGCAAUGCAACCUGCUCUGGAUCCCUCUGGGAUUUUGAUGGGCAGGCUUAUCGUUACUUGAUGCGUGAACUGUAAUUUCCUUUUACAGUGGCUUUAAAUUGCCAUUGUGAGAAACAUACCCUCAUAUAUUCUUGGCCGUGAGCGCAGCAUUUCAUUCGGAAAUCAAGACUUCCUCAUCUGUGGGGCGUCUUCUUAAGAUGUGUAACGGCUCUUUCAAGUGACUUGUGUCAGUGUUGCCCAAUCAAGCGUCUUCUGUAUCGUUAAAGAAUUAGUUUACCCAAAAUGAUAAACCAUUAUGCUUUCCUAAACUCAAAUUUCUUUCUUUUCAUUUGCGGAUCACCAACGAAGAUAUUUGAUGGAGAUAUGAGGCAUUUUUGUCCAUACAAUGCAAGUCAAUGGGGUUCAACACAAGUCAAUGUGGAUCAACACAAGUCAAUGGGGAUCAACACAAGUCAAUGGGGUUCAACACAAUUCAAUGUGGAUCAGCACAAGUCACUGGGGUUCAACACAAGUCAAUGGGGUAAUCCAUACAACUUUAGUGGUUUAAUCCAUGUCUUGUGAAGCGAUAUGUUUGGUUUAAGGUGAGAAAAUGUCCAAAAUGUAAAUGUAGUCUCCUUGACAUGAUCAUGACUCUAAACCGAUCAUGUCGCUUCAGAAGACAUGGAUUAACCUCUUCAUCUCUGCGGAGUUCAAGUCUCCAAAAGGGGGCGCUAUGUCACGAAAACAGUUUUCUCCAAAUGCGUAAGUCAGGCAUAUGAGGUGUCAUUUGAAAGCUUAGAAUCGAAACUUUUCAGCGAUAUCCAUCACUUCUGCAUUUAUGUUACAUUAAAUGACAAAAUAAGGCCUGAAAUCAUUUACGUCGCAAAUCAGCGCCACCUAGAGGUCAUUUGGUAGAAAUAUGAAUGUGAAUAGUCUUUCAAACAGCACUUAAAUAGACAAGUCAUAUAUCAAAUGAAAGCUCUCAUUCUCAGGAAUGUGUCUGAAUAGUUUUUUUUGUUGCCCAAUAACCACAGUUCGAAAGAUUUUCAAAAGAAUCACAAAGUAAAAUAUUAUGUUUUUAAGACAUCAAAUACAACCGUCUAUUUUAUGCACUGAUCACUGCUGCAUUAAACCGUAAAAAGCUAACUUUAAAUCUCCUUUUCCCUUAGGCAGUUUUCUAAAAAAUGAGUCAUUGUUUACUUUUUUGUGAGGUUGCUUGGCUGAAUAAUCCAAUGUUAUAUUUUAGAUGUCCAGAACAAAAUACGCAGUCCAUCAGGAAAAGUAUGCUAAAAAAAUCAUUGAAAUAUAAGUUAUCGAAUAAAUAUGAUAAUAUGUUAUACAUCAUUACAAAGGGGAGGAUCUCAGCUUUCUAUUGACACCUAGAUUGAGCUUGUAGUCCACUCAGAGGCCGAGAUAUUCAAUGAAAUAAUGAGGGUGUUGCUUGAACUGAACAUUAGACUGAAUGUCUAUGUACGAGCACAUCUGUGAGGAUAUAAUGCAUUAGAGCGCCACCUAUAUUUUUUGCAUUUUGGCACAUAGUUAAUAUGAUUAGAGUUGAAGUUAAAUCACUAUGAUGCCUUUAUGUCCUUGAAAGUGUUGGUCCCCCAUUGACUUGCAUUGUAUGUACAACAACGCCUCAUAUCUCCAUCAAAAUGUCUUCAUUGGUGUUCAGUAGAAGACUGAAACAUGAGGGUGAAUUUUCAUUUUUGGGUGAACUACUCCUUUAAGGCUUCUCAGCGAUGUGUCUUGUAAUGCGUUGAAGUGUAUACAGAAGUAAACAUAUAUAAUUAAAUAUGUGAUAUAUCAUUGAAGUGUAUGUUUAAAUUAUUUUUCUACUUACACAUGGCAUACAUGUGCAUCAGCGUGUAUCUACAUGCACAAAACACAUAGUACAUAUACGUGUACAUAUUUAAUAAAUGCUUUUAGUCAAAUCUGACAGUUUGUCAGUAUCGUCAGGGACUAUUAAAAUAUGUUAUGAAUGUCUUAUAUUAGUAGAGUAGUGAUGCAAUGAUCGCUUUUGCUACAUCGAUGAUAUCAAGUGGGAGGAGUUUGUUGCUGUGACUUAAACCCGCCCACCCAAACGAGUGGUGUACCUUUAUAUAUCUGCAGGGAAUAAUUUAAUCAUUGAACAUUUAUUGCUGUUUCAUAUGUAUUGAUAUUCUGAUAUUCGUGCUUUCAUUGAGUCUGUCAAAGAUGGAGAGAGAAAUGUUUUUCAGCCUUGAACCGCACUGUGGAAAAACUCAUUUCACUAGGUCAAUAUUUAUUUAUUUUUAUUUGUUUUAUGUGUCUUAGUGCCUUCCUGAGCCUGUCCUACAAAAAAUAAAUCAUAAAUAAUAAUAAUAUCUCUGUCUAAAUUCUCAAAAUAUUUUUUUCUUGCUAGCUAACAAUUAGCAUGCAGUACCACCCUCUGCCACCAGGUGAAAUCUUAUGCUUAUAAGGUGACAGACGACAGCUGUGGUACAUGAUAUGUUGAGUUAUAGUUGUAUAAAUAUAGCGCAUGUUUACAUACAUGGGCCAACAAUGUAAAAAAGCACAAUAUCAAUAACAGCAUCGAUAUUCCCGACGGUGAAUGUCAUCAUACAACCAGAAAUAACUCCGGUUGUCACACUUAACAACAAAUGCUAUAUAAAGCAUAUAUAAUAUGAGGUAUAUUCAUUUAAUUGUGGGAUUUCGUGUAUUAGUAGACUCUCAAAAAUUAUAUAUGUUUCUUUCCUUGAUUAAGAUUUCAUGCUUAGUGGCACUUGCUGGCCGAGGUUGGUACUGCAUGCAAAUUUUUAGCUAGCAAGCAGGAAAAAUUAAAAUCUAGUUUUUGUUCUUGAGGAGGGGAAAAAUAAUGUAGCAAUUUUUUUUUUAUUUUUUUUUUUUCAUUUUUUUUGGGGGGAUUAAUAAUUCAAAUAUAUAUAUAUAUAUAUAUAUAUAAAAAUUUUGUCUUUUUUUUUUUUUUUUACGACAUUUGGGCUCAGGAAGGCACUAAGGCACCUAAAAAAUAAAACAAAAAAUCACCUACAGAAAAUAAAUUUUCACGGUGUGUUUUUGGGAUUCUGUAUGUGCAAAUCUACAUUUCAGUUCGAAUUUCAGCAUAAAUUUGAGAUUGCUAAAUGACACAAUUAGCCAACUGUAUUUUGAAUCUCACAAAAUGUGUUAAAUCCAUAAGAAGCAAGUUGAUUUAAAAGACUUCUUAUAAUAUGAUCAUUUUGGGUUAUAAUUGCUAUGAAUGUACAAGGACACAGUGUGUUUUUAAGUGUGCAUUUCUUGUAUGUUCUCCUCCAUUUUUAUUUAUCGCUUUUAAUCAUUUCACAGUUCAUUUCGGACAAAUGUAGUUUAAAAACUGCAUGUUUAAUACUUUUACAAUAAUGAAAUGUUUAAGAUGCUACAGUGCAGGACAUGCUGUCAUGUUGACGACCCAAAUAUUAAGAAAGUACAUUAAUCCCAGGUUUGAUCAAACGUUCAUUGUAAAUAAAAGAAUUUGGGGAUUUUAACUGGAUCAAAAGCUGGUGUUUGUGCAGAUCCUGUAGCUUUAAUGAGCUGGUGAAUUUCUUGUUAUGUAGAUUCAAUGCAUUGACCUUGUUGCAAGACAUGUAAAGAGAAAAAGGAAGGUUGAGAUAUUGAUUUGAGGAGGUGACAGACUUUAUAAUAGUGAGAUAUUUGAGAGAUUUGGUUUUAAUAUGCAAAGUUUUGCAAUGGAUGUUUUCUGCUGUUUUGUUUUUUCUUGCUUGCUCUGGACGCUCUUUUCAAAGGUGACUAAUUAGACCCCCCUCAUUAGUCCUAAUGAGAUCAUUUAUUACCCGUCCAUCCCAAAAAUAGCUGGCACACGUCAGUUUUCAAUGUUUGACUGUGUUUGCAAUAUUUGAGCCGUUUUACGGUGAUAUUUGGAGGCGAUUCGUCCUCUCGGCUGUAUGUUGCUAAUGUGCUUUUAUGAUGUUUGUUUUUAUGGCUUCUGGCUCACCUGAACAUUGUCGAUGGCAGAUCAGCUGAAUUAAGGCCAUAUGGCACCGAAACACCUGCUGACAAACCUCUAGACUUCUCUUGAUGAAUGUGUUUAAUCUUAAUUUAUAGAAAGGAUAUUAUGGUAAAUGAUGAAGUGUUUUGGGGGGCAGCGGCUACUUCCAACAAACCCCUCAACCCUCCUGUGGUAUUGAAAAAUGGCACCUCCCUUUGGUAUUCACGGUCAUUAUGGACCGGACGGUUUAGAUGUUUAAUCUGAUGCUGAUGAUGAUGAUGCUGAUGAUGAUGAUGAUGCUGAUGAUGAUGAUGAUGAUGAUGAUGAUGAUGUUGUUCCUGAAGUAGGAUCAAUACACUUAUGCAUUUCUGUGGGGAUUUCGUGCUGUUUUGAACGUAUUUACAUGUACAUUUCUACAUUUUACCAUUAAUUCGCAUAUACAAUUAAGCACAUUUUAUGGGGGAAACAAAUGACAAAUUCGGAAUCUACACUUCUAUAAGUUGACACAUGAAGAAACUAUGAGAAUGUGGCAUAAAUUGAUCUGGUCAUCUGAUGAAUAAAAUAUAAAUAAUGAGUUGAACAUCAUGUAACAGCCAGUAGAUGACUGUAGACACACACUGAUGACUUAUUAUCAGGGCUGGACUGGUAAUCUGGCAUACCGGGUAUUUUCCCGGUGGGCCGACGCACUUUGACGAACCAAUCAGGGAUGGACUGGCCAUCGGGAAAACCGUGCGGGCCGGUGGGUCAGCUGCGAAACGUGUUGAAUGAGCCGUGACAAGCAAAAAUGAGCUGCAACGAUGUGCAGAAAAGGAGAGUGAACAACCCCCCACCAACUUUUGAUCACCCCCUCUGAACAGGUUUUGGGCCAGUUGCCAUGUAUAAUCCCAGGCCGAUUUCUCUUCCCAGUCCAGCCCUGCUUAUUAAUAUAUGCAUUAUAUGCAUUUGAUAUAUAUUCAGACAUGAUCAAACUAUUAUUUGUCACAUUUUAGCAUUUUAAAAUUGAGUUUUUGCAGUUAAUGUCAUUAUGCUGCGAUCAAACCUGACCAUGAUGUUACAAAGAGAAAACACAGAAUAAGCUUUUGUUUUUUCUGCAUGGUGGCUGAUUAAUUGAUUGUACAUUGAUUGUGACAGAUCCAAAAAAAUCUAAUCAUUUUCAGUCAUUUUCAAUGAUCGGUCAAAUUUGACCGUAAAUACCAAAGGUGUCGCAAAAUCAAUCCCCAAUGUUCAGAUGGCUAAUGGAGGGAAAAUUCAACAAGUCUUGUCCUGCUCGGAUGAAGGAAACGUUAGAAUUGUCCCCGAACAACAGAUAGUCCCGCCCCAAACUCACGCCAUUGGUUGAGUCAGUGUUGCUGUGUUUUGGUGUCACAGUGUUUACACGUUUGGGGAAACUCAACCUACUGAUGGUUUAUUUCUAUGUUUCUCUGCAUAUUAAUUUGGGAUCCAAAAAACGACACAGAAUCACAUUUAAGGGGUUUGUUGAAGCUAGCUGCAGAUUUUUAAGGAUUUUCAGCCUUGACAGACCAUUGAACAGAUGUUUGUCUUUAUCGUUCUUUGCCUUUUGUCAUCUGUCGUUUUUCUUUCA